AUGGGUAAAAAGUAUGAAAUGGACUGCAAUUCAGAUAGCUAUGGCAAUCAACUGUUCUUCAACGCGGAGCGACAAGUCUGUGAUUAUGGGUGGAACGUGACACCUCAGAACGAUCUCUUAGAGAAGUGUCCACCAGCAGGAUCAUCCCAAACUCUACUUUUGGCUCACGAGUGUAACUGUUCCAAACAUUACGAAUGCCAUAACGGAGAAGCAAUCGGAAAAACCUGCCAGCCCGGUCAGAUGUUUGAUUAUAUUCUUAAGAAAUGUGUUCCGGCUGAAAAAGCGAUGUGUAAAUCUGGUUCCAGUCGAAUGUCUCCGAUAGAAUUUGAGAUAGAUAUACCUUCCAUAUUUGAAUGUCCACCGAAAGGUUCUCAUGAAACUAAGUUAAUACCACACGAAUGCAUUUGUAAUGUAUAUUUCCGUUGCGAAGACGGAAAUGCAGUUCGUGAGGAAUGUCUACCUGGUCAAGAUUUUGACUAUGAGAAACAAAAGUGCGGCUUACAGGAAGAUGUUAACUGCAGAAGACCUAUAGGCACUACUCCGACCCCCACCGCUACACCUAUCACAAGUCCAAAACCCGACCUGGAGUGUCGAAUAGAUUGUAAAUUUUGUACUAUUCGUCUUCCUUAUUCCACGGAGUGUUCUUCUUUGUAUUAUGAGUGCGAAAAUGGCAUGAGAGUGGUAAAGAAAUGUUCGCCAGGUCUUGAAUUUAAUCCAAUCACUCGUAUGUGUGACUUAUCUGAUUUCGUGAACUGUCCUCGCGUUUGUACUCCAGAAACUAAAUCCCCUCACGAGUGCGUAUGUAACAAGUACUACGAAUGCUCAAAGGAUGGAAGGUACCUAAUUGUUCGUGACUGUCCGGAAAAAUUGGUGUUUGAUCGCAACAGGCAAGUGUGCGACACGCCCGAUAGGGUAAUGUGUCCAGGACAGGAAUGUUUUCCAGGACUACGUAUACCUCACGAGUGCCAUUGUAACGAGUAUUACGAAUGCGCAAUGAACGGACUUAAACAAAACCUUAGAAAGUGUGAACAGGGAUACGAGUACGAUUACGAGAGGAAGGUGUGCGAUAUCACGUCGCGCGCCAAAUGUUGGAGAGGUCAUUGUGUACCAGAUGAAUUAUUGCCCCACGAGUAUGAUUGUGGCAAGUACUAUAAGUGUGGACCGACAGGAGAAAAAGUAGUUAGUCAGAAAUGCGCAGAAGGAUAUUUAUUCGAUUGUGACCUGAAGACAUGUGUUCCACAAAACAGAUUAGGGCGCUGCUGUGUUGUAAUUCCUCCUCAUUCAUUCAACGAAGAAUAUAUUGAGUUUUUAGAAGACAUACCGUGA